AAAAAAAAUUUUAAUUAUUAUUACUCCAUAAAAAUAAGCGUCAUGAAUAAUUAUUGAAAGAAUUUUAAAUAAAAUAAAAAUCGUGACGUGACCGGAUCUGUUAAUAAACAAGUUUUAUGUGGGAUGAUAUAUAUCAUAUCUAUGAGACAUUUGAGUGUACGUCAAUUAUACGUUUAAUUGUUGAGCCCAAGGUACAGUUAGUGAAAUCACAAUCUCGCUGAAGUACGCACUCAAUAGAAAGAGCACACCCAUUUAAAAUAACCUGUAACAAUUUAUUUGACUGAACUUACACAUCAAAAAAUGGGGAACAUGUGUAACGAUUGUAUGACCAGAGUGCCGUACGCAACACUCAUUGCAACAAUUAUGUGUUGUUUGGGUGUUGGAAUAUUUUGUGGUACAAUGUAUCGAGCUGCUACAUUGACUACUCUAAUGAUGAAUCAGGUCUUCAAUUUAAGACUUAGCUGGCUAGAAGCAUUGCAGUUAAUUUUUGCAACGAUUGCUGCAAGUAUGGCUGCUUUGGGAUUCAUGAUACUUUGCGUUGGCUGUCUUGCAACUGGAGCAACAAGACACAAGGUCUAUCGAGCCUGGAGAUCACGUGUUGGUGGUCGGAUUUCAUGUGCCGUGUUCAUGGUAAUUACUUAUAUACUUCAAAUCGCCUGGCUGUUAAUUUUUGCAUUCUUAGUUAUCACAACACUGAUAUUCACAAUAUUUUGGGGUCUUUGCGAAAAUCCUCGUGUUGGAUCUCAUACUGAUUGUAUUGACUUCAAUCAAUUUAGUUUUAUGUUUCCAAACAAUACAAGAAAUGAAGAUAUGAAAAUAUGUGGACCACAAGAAGUUAAAUUAUUUUGUAAAGAUUAUGUUGAGAAAGCUGAAGUGAUGUUUAUUUUAGCAACAGUUGCUUCCAUGUUAGUAGUACUUAGUCUUAUUCAUUAUUUAAUGUGUCUAUCAGCAAAUUACGCACACAUUCGUGAUCACGAAAAAUUCCAAGAGCUACAAGAACUUCAAUAUCUACAAGAUCCUGGUGAUGGUGAUUCUCCUCAACAUGGUAUGGAUACUUUGAGCUCUCAUCAUCAUAGCAAAGAUAGAUUCUAGGAUACGGCCCGCGAGAUCUUCUCUCUGAGCUCCAAUUAAAUGUCUCCCCAUUUCUUCUGCUUUAAAAUAUAAGUAAGAAUUAAAAAAUAUAUAAUAUAUACAUAAUAUCUUAUUGUAUUGUGUAUAUGUAAGGUCUACCGUUAGAUAUAUAAUAGGUACAUUUUGGCAAAGUUAUCAAAGUACCUAAACUUUCCAAAUGCUUACUCUAUCGCUAAAUUAAAUAUCUUUUAAACUGGAAGAUCUUGCGGGAAAUUUAUGCCGUCCAUUACUCUAUAUAAAAAAAAAAAUUGUUUUUAAAUAAAUCUUUAUUUAUGAGUUAGCAGUCGAAUUUCUAUAUAAAUUAUAAAGAGCAUUCUAUGACAUAUCUAUAUUUGUUUUUUUAUUAUUUAAGAAUUUUGGCUGCUUACAUACUUUGCUGUAAAUCAGAUGAUUUACAUGGUAUAGUAUUAAUUAUAGUAAUGUGUUUGUAAUAGUUUCAUAUUUUCUAACGCAUUUACUCUUUUUUUAUUUUCGAUUUAUUACUAAGUAUUAUAUGUGUUAGUUAUUACAUUCCACAAUUUUAACAUUUAUAAUUAGUUUAAUUAAUUUUUUUAUUUUUAUAUAUUUAACAAAAUAAAAUAUAUAAUAAAUUUUUUAUUUAAAAUUUAUUUUUUCUUAUGGAUACGGACAUGGUGAAGUGGCGCAUAUCAGUUAGUAUAAUUAUAAAUUUAAAUAAAAAAAAUUUUGCCACAUUUUAUUUAUGGAUUUAAUUAUUUUUUACUAAAAUAAGUAAUUAUAAUUCUACUUAUUGUCAAUCAUUAUAUAUUAUUAUUAUUAUUAUU